UGCUGUUAAGUUAAGUUCCGGUGAUCGCUGCAGUCACGCCUCCUUGCCUUGCUCAUAAUUUGGCCGCCCCUUCUCUACUGUUCUCUGACUCCAGACUCUACACUCUCCAACGUUUUUACACGGCAUUACUUCAAAAACAGUUAUUUCCACCACCAGCACCAUGGCUUCUGGAAACGCUAAGAUCGGCCAGGCUGCCCCCAACUUUCAGGUCACAGCACUAUACAUGGAUGGAUCCUUCAAAGAGAUAAAGUUGUCAGAUUACAAAGGAAAAUACGUGGUGCUCUUUUUCUACCCUCUGGACUUCACCUUUGUUUGUCCCACUGAGAUCGUGGCUUUCAGUGACCGAGCAGAUGAGUUCCGUCAAAACAACUGUGAAGUUAUUGGUGCUUCUGUUGACUCCCACUUCUCUCACCUUGCCUGGACUAACACUCCAAGGAAACAAGGAGGCCUGGGUAAAAUGAAAAUCCCUCUUCUUGCAGACCUUACCAAAUCCAUUUCCAGAGACUAUGGUGUGCUCAAGGAGGAGGACGGCAUUUCCUACAGGGGGCUGUUCAUUAUUGAUGAUAAAGGCAUUCUGAGACAGAUCACCAUCAAUGACUUGCCCGUGGGUCGCUCUGUGGAUGAAACCCUGCGUCUGGUACAGGCCUUUCAGUACACCGAUAAGCAUGGAGAAGUCUGCCCUGCUGGCUGGAAACCUGGCAGUGAUACAAUCAUCCCAGAAGUUGGAAAGAGCCAAGCUUACUUCUCCAAGCAGUAAAAACAAACCUCUGCCUCUGGUUUCCCAACAGCACUUGCCGCAAAUGAUUCCUAGCAGUUGCGUCCAUUUAUGUUCACACACAUGGGGUUAAAUGUUUUUUCUUGUCCAGUGUAGAAUGAUUGGGCCGACCUCAUAGUCUAAAGCACUGAAUGGUAGUUGUUGUUUUACAAAAGAAAUGAUCAAUAUUUGUUCUUUCUAAUGACUAAUGUAACCAUCUUAAAUAAAAAGAAAAUGCUUAAUAAAAAAAUCCAA